AAGAAGCUUUUUAAAUGUGUUAUUUUUUAGAGAAUAACUAUCACAUACCAUGGAAUUGUUAGAUGAAAUUCCACACUGGGCUCUUAAACUUAUUGCUUCAGUUAUCCUGUUUAUUCUGUCUAUGAUAUUUGGUGCUAUUCCAUUAAAAUUAUCCCGUGAUGAGAAUGCUGUGGGAACUCCACUUCGUAAUUUGUUAAUCAGUUUGUCAAAUUGCUUUGCUGGAGGUGUUUUUUUCAGUACAGUUAUAUUGGAUUUGUUUCCGAUGGUAAAAACUACAAUGGGUGAGGCUCUUGCAACAGUCAACAUUAAAACCACUUUUCCAUUGGGUGAUUUUAUCAUUGGUUUUGGAUUUAUUAUGAUGCUUAUAAUAGAGCAGUUUGUUCAUACUUGCUUUGGUAACACAUUUCUUAGUCAUCCUGGACACAGUCAUAAUGUAGACAUGUCUGAUAAUGAUGAAAAUGUUUUUAGUACAGCAGAAAUUGCACCUUUAUUGAGUGGAGACCGAGAUAUACACGAAGAACCCCUAAAUGUUGAUGAAACAACUACUGAUGGGCGUGUUAGUGCAAAAAAGCAUGUUUCUCUUGGAGACACCUCGAUCCUGCAUGGAAAUUCGAUUUCGUACUCUGAUGAAGAUGAAGAUAUUGAACACACCUUGGAGCAAAGUCAACGAUCCCAGCAUUCUGUUCAGUCAUAUGACACAUUUUAUUCUCAACAUGGUACUCAUCAUCGAGUGAGGAAAAUGCACAGAACCAAAAGUCUUGCUUCUAUGCAAUCAGUAACGCAUUCUAAUUUCAGGACAUAUGUUUUAGUUUUUGCAAUAUCUUUGCAUUCAUUGUUUGAAGGUCUUUCAGUUGGUUUAACUGUACACAUGGGAACAUUAAUUCAAAUAUUAAUUGCCUUACUUAUACAUAAAAGUAUCAUAGCUUUUUCGAUUGGUGUUCAGCUGGUUGAUGCUGAUUUAAAAUCACUUGUUGUUCUUAUUUGCUUAGUAAUAUUUGCCUCAAUGGCUCCGAUUGGCGUUGGAAUUGGUGUUAUAGUAUUGGAUUAUUUAAAUAAUGUUGUGAAAAAGUUUUCAUCUGCUGUCUUGCAGGGCAUUGCUACAGGGUCAUUUUUGUAUGUAACAUUUUUUGAAGUUUUGCCGCAUGAACUAAACAUUCAAGAUGAGAAAAAACCUUUAAAAAUCCUAUUUGUCCUUAUUGGAUAUAGUUUAACAACUGCUAUUUGUUAUUAUGAAAAUAGCUCUAAUAAAGUCUAUCCAACUGCUGCACCGCCAACUUAACAAAAGAAGCAACGCAACAUAUUUAUGAUUCACACGUUUCUUAGUUGUUAUAUGGAGGUAGCACGAAUUUUUAUAAUUUUAGAUUUUAAUAUUGACUGAUUUGUAGUAAAAAAACAUAUAUAUAAUUCACACCAAUAUUUCAAAUUGUUCUUGUAAGUUUGUAGUUAGUUAAAAAAAUUUAAUGCUAUAGGUAAGCGUGAUAGCCGCUUUUACCUAAAAACAUUUUAUUAGAAAUUAAACAAAUAUUUUUCUCUGAGUCAUCAUUUUUUAUAGACAACACUGAUUACAAUUGCGGUUGAAAGAAGUAUUAACGUAUUGUGGACUUAUGUUGUAGUCUUGUGGUGUGCCAUGAAUUAAUAAAUUAAAUAAUUUUUCUUGUAUGUUUUGUAUCUAUUGGAAGUGGAUCUAUCCUGUCUUUUUUAAUUCCCUGACAAGAGUUCUGUAUUGCAAUAAAAUUUGACACUAGUUUUAUAUAGAAUGUAUGUUAUUUUUGUUAUAUUCCCUAUCUUAAUACCCUUUUGCAUUGCACAUGUAUAAAAUGUCGUCCUUUACUUGUCAUCUAUGUUGAUAAAAGGUAAUAUAUACUACAGAAAGGAAUACAUUCUCACACUAUAUAAAAUUAAAGUGCUUUUAACGUUCAUAGCUUUCCAUGACUAUCAACUAGUAAUUCUCAUUGCAUCUCAGUUUGUUUUUUUAAACAAUUGUAUUUUUAACUCACAACUUAACUUAACUGAUGUCAUCAUAUUAAAAAAAAAAAAAAAACCUACAUAUAUCUUUUUUAUAUAAUUAAAACAUUCUUACAUAUCACAAAAACAACAUGGCAUAAAAAAAAUAAUUUUUUAAUUUUUGUGUGUCCAAAUUUUGGUCCUCCAAAAUCGAUAAAAGCAUUAACCGUUGCCACCAUUAUUAAACAAAAGCUAACUUGGUUUUUACAUAUUUUUUAUAACGUCAAACCAAAACAUUCACUUUUAAGAGCAUGUAUGAAAUUUAAAUUUAACUAUGUAUCAUGCAUAUUUGUUGAGAAUGAACUAAAAAAGCUUAAGCGUCAAAAGUCAACUGGUUCGGAUAAUCUUCCGCCAGCUUUAUUGAAGGACUGUGCAUCUGUGAUUGCUGAACCACUGUAUUAUUUAAUCAACUUAUCAUUAGACAACUCAGAAGUAUCAUCAGUUUGGAAACACGCACUGAUCACUCCCAUCUUUAAAUCAGGAUCACCAUCUGAACCAAAUAACUACUGACCAAUAUCUAUAUUGUCAAGCCUAUCAAAAAUACUUAAGAAAUCAGUUCAUAGCCAACUUAUCAGCUAUCUAGAAGACAAUAAUUUAUUAUAUCGUUAUAAAUUUGGUUACCGCAGACGUAGCUCCACGGACAUAGCUGCAACAUUAUUUACUGAUAACAUCAGAAAAGAGCGUGAUAAAGGAAAUUUAGUUGGUGCAAUCUUCAUUGAUUUGUCGAAAGCUUUUGAAACUGUUUCACAUAGCAUCUUGCUUGAAAAGCUUCACGCAUAUGGUAUUUGUGGCAAAGAGUUAGAAUGGUUUACCCACUACCUAUUCAACCGUACACAACAGGUGGUUAUUGAUAACAUCAGAUCUAACACUGAGAAUGUAAAAUGCGGAGUCCCUCAGGGAUCUAUUUUAGGACCGCUUUUAUUUUUAAUAUUCUUUAAUGAUUUUGAGACCUCGCUUAUUGGAGCACGUACUAUCCAAUUCGCUGACAACACAGUGGUUUAUAUUGCUGGAAGCAAUGUGAAUGAUAUCGAAGAUAUUAUGAACUCAGAAUUAAAAAAUAUCGAACAGUACCUAAUCGAUAAUGAUCUUGUGAUUAACUUAAAAAGAGGAAAAACGGAAGCAAUGUUAUUCGGAACUAGAAAACAGUUGAAUUCAGUAUCCCACAAGCUUAAGCUAUUUUACAAUUUUGUGGAAGUCAACACGACAAGCCAGUAUAAAUAUUUGGGUUCGACUCUGGAUUCAAAACUAUCUGUGCAGGUAAAUUUUAUCACAGCCUACAAGAAAGCUUCAACAAGGCUUCGUCUCCUAUCAGCAUUGAGAUCGCAAAUUGAUGACAACACUGCUACUAUUAUUUACAACAUGAUGAUACUACCUCUUAUCACUUUUAACAGUAUCAUCAACCUUACAUUUACAAAUACACAACAGAAAAGGCUUGUGUCUCUGGACAACAGAGCGAGAAAUGUCACAAAAAAUGCAAACAUUACAUCAAUCAAAAGUAUGAUAAUAAGAAACGUGUGUUGCGUAGUUCGUAAAAGUUAAAUUAGAAGUUGCAAAAAGUGGUUUUUAUUACAUGGGUGCUGAUACAUACAACAAGUUGCCAUUAGAUAUUAGAAAAGAAAUAUGUUAUGUAACAUUUAAAAAGAAAUUGAAGCAAUACUACAUUUAGGUGUA